CAUUCUCGAUUUGACGCGCGCAUCAACCGUAACUUGUGCGUCGUGCCAAUAAGCACGGAAACGGAAUCGGUUCCGUAUCGUCAAAAUAAAGAAAAGUGCUUAAAAGCUUACACCAAAAGCAAUAAUAUAUUUUGCCCACACAUCAAACUAAAGUUAAUCAAGGAAUGCAAAAAUAAUUAAGUAUUUACCAUGACCCCUGUCACUGGUUAGUGAGUGCCAAAUAAAAGUGCAAGUGCCCCCGAAUCCUUCGACUGCACGCUAUCGGGUGCUGUGCUGAAAUGAACAAGUGGACUAAAACAAAAGACGGCUGCUCAGUUCAAUCUGCAUAUUGUAAUCAACGUUUUAUUCGUAAGCAAACAAAGGUUCCGUCGCAUCACCGUUAGCCCUACCAUCUGGAUAAAUUCUGGGGAAUCUCACAAACGAGAGUUUUGCUCCUGCGGUGCUAGCGCUGCGUGGAAUCGCCGCCUGCGGUGAAUCCGACGAUUGUUUUUUUUUUUGUGAAAGCUUCCUCGAACGUAGUCGUCGCUGUCGCUGUCGCGUAGAUUUAUCAUUCUUGUAAUCUGGGAAAGCCGUCGGAGUAGUUAUAAGCCACAACAUAUCGACAUAUCCGGACCCAACAAUGUUUACCUUACAGCCAACGCCGACCAUAGGUACCGUAGUGCCCCCAUGGUCGGCUAGCAGUCUUAUCGAGAGAUUGCCAACAUUGGAGGAUAUGGCUCAUAAGGACAAUGUCAUUGCCAUGCGAAAUCUGCCCUGUUUGGGUGUCGCUGGUGGCAGCGGACUAGGCGGCAUUGGCGGAAAGGCUGCUGCUACUGCCACUGCGAUGGAAGCCGCGGAUGCAACCACAGCACCACAGCCCCAUUCGACAUCAUCAUACUUUACCACAACUUACUACCACUUAACUGAUGACGAAUGUCACAGCGGAGUCAACCAGCUGGGUGGCGUGUUUGUGGGUGGACGGCCAUUGCCGGACUCGACGCGCCAGAAAAUUGUUGAACUGGCUCACUCGGGAGCGCGACCAUGUGAUAUAUCACGAAUUCUGCAGGUCUCAAAUGGAUGUGUUAGUAAAAUUUUAGGAAGAUAUUACGAGACGGGAAGCAUACGACCCCGAGCCAUUGGAGGCUCCAAGCCGCGAGUGGCUACGGCAGAAGUGGUCAGCAAAAUCUCUCAAUAUAAACGGGAGUGUCCCAGCAUCUUUGCCUGGGAGAUCCGGGACAGAUUACUGCAGGAGAAUGUGUGCACCAACGACAACAUUCCCAGCGUCUCGUCAAUAAAUCGGGUCUUACGGAACUUAGCCGCCCAAAAGGAGCAACAGACCGGACCUGGGCCCCUUUCAAACAGCCAGCCCAGUGGUGGGUCGGGGUCUGGCUCCGUCAACGGCUCGGGCAGCGGGAACACCAACACCAACACCACCACAAGCAGCAACUCAAGCACAAAUCUUGCCACAAACUCUACGACCACUGGCAAUGCCGCAGCCAAUCUGAUGCAAACAGCCACGCCCCUUAACUCAUCGGAGAGUGGUGGAGCCAGCAACUCUGGUGAGGGUAGCGAACAGGAGUCCAUCUAUGAAAAGUUACGACUGCUCAAUACCCAGCAUGUGAGUGGAUCACUGGAUCCUGCCUUAUCAGGGGCGACAGCAUCAGUGACUACUUCCUCCAUGACGAGUGUGCCGAAUCAUUUUAGUCCUCAUACGCAUUCGCAUCCGCACUCGAACCACUCCCACGCCCACAGCCACGCCCACAUGGUGCACAGUCAACAUCACACUCACACCCAGCAGCAACAGCAACAACAACAGCAACACCAGCAGCAACAGCAACAGUCUCCAGCAGCUCAGCAACAGCAGUCCAGUUGGCCACCGCGUCAUUAUUCAACGGGAUCUUGGUAUGCAGCUCCCAUCAGUGGCAGCGAUAUUCCCAUCCCAUGCUCGUCCGGUCUUAUCCCGACCUCUGCCUAUGGAACUGGCAUGGGUCUAGGAGCAGCCACAAAUCAGCCACUAAGUCCACGCACCGACCUCACAAACUUAGGCGCAUCCAAUAACCUAAAUAGUUGUCCAAUCAACGCGGAGGAUAUCUUGCUAAAGAAGGAACUCGACGGACAUCAGUCGGAUGAGACGGGAUCCGGCGAGGGCGAGAACUCCAACGGGGGUGUCUCCAAUAUUGGGAACAGCGAAGACGAUCAGGCUCGCUUAAUACUUAAGAGGAAAUUGCAACGGAAUCGGACAUCGUUCACAAAUGAGCAGAUCGACAGUCUGGAAAAGGAGUUUGAAAGGACACACUAUCCAGAUGUUUUCGCACGCGAGCGUUUGGCUGGAAAAAUUGGUCUGCCUGAGGCUAGGAUUCAGGUUUGGUUUUCCAAUCGACGGGCAAAGUGGCGCCGCGAAGAGAAACUCCGCAAUCAGCGAAGGACCCCGAACUCGACGGGGGCCAGUGGAACAUCGUCAUCGACAUCAGCUACAGCCUCGUUGACGGAUAGUCCAAAUAGUUUGGGUGCUUGCACUUCGUUGCUUGUCGGCCCCGGCUCCUCUGGCAGUGCAAUAAAUGGGUUGGCCUCACCACCAGGCAGUGCUGUUGGAGUUGGAAUUGAGUCAACUGAUGGCCAUCACUUGGGCACACCAUCCUCAUCUACAGCCACAUCGCACAUGCGAUCCGGAUCUGCUGGCGGAGGUGGAGAGCUGCGAUCCAGUGAAGGGCACGAUGGCAGCAACUCGGACUCUCCAGGAUUAGGCUUAUCUAGCCAACAUCAUUCCCACCCACAUCAUCAUCAUCAGCACCAUAACCUUGGCCACUCCCACACGCUCGUGCCUGCCAUCUCGCCACGUCUUAAUUUCAACAGUGGAGGUUUCAGCAGUUCAAUGAGCGCCAUGUACUCGAACAUGCACCACACAGCCAUGUCGAUGAGCGAGAGCUACGGAUCUGUUACAUCCAUUCCAAGCUUCAAUCAUUCGGCAGUGGGUCCGCUAGCACCUCCUUCUCCCGCAUCGCAGCAGCGCGACCUGACGCCGCCAUCGCUGUAUCCUUGCCACAUGACGCUCAGGCCGCCCCCUAUCGGUCCACACCACAUAGUCGGGGGAGGCGAUGGCCCCCCUGAGAUUGGCAACUCACAUUCGGGAACGGGAGCCAACAAUGGAUCUGGAUAUGAUGUACUUUCCGCAUAUGGAUUACCGCCGCCACCGUUGCCGCCCAGUGGAGCAGCAGGUGCGGCUGGUGCUGGUUCUAUUAACCCCUCCGCUGUCUCAUCCGUCUCCGCCGCCCAUCAUAUGAUGGAUCCACGGUCUUCUGGAAGCCCACAUCAGUUGGGAGUGAGCUCUGGAUUUGGCUCCGAGGCUAUUUCUCCUGCUGUACCCUCAUAUGCGCACAUGAGUUACAACUAUGCAGCAGCUGCCAACAAUGUGCCGCCCUCUGGCGGACCAAACCCUCAUGGAGCAAGCGGGAAACAGCAGUUCUUUGCGUCCUGCUUCUACUCACCAUGGGUCUAGGCACAAAAAUGGGUAACACAAUAUAAAUUAAAGAGAAAUAAAAUAAUUAUUAUAA